AAUGUAUUCGAAGAAGUGAACAGUUACUGUAAACCGAUCAAGAAUGAGAUUAUCUUAUUUGGUGGACCACAUUCUGGGUUAUCAGAAGGUGUCAAGAUAUGCACUGCCUUUUUCAAGAGUAUCGAUCUCGGGGUAUCUAGUACAUUAACACUCACAGAAUCUUAUCGCAAUCGAAGGGGUUUAGGACCAGGCCACCUCUCGAUCAGAGAUUUAUACCCUGAGCAUUAUCAUGCUAGGGAUGAGCCAAGAGAAGCCCAACAGAUGUGGAUCUUGAUGGCUUAUAAUUCUAUUGGUAAACUUCUACGCGGUGAAAUCGAAUCAGAUGUUGGUAAUGAACCAAUAGUAAUUUAUGAAAGAAGUCCAGGAUGUGUGAAUACUUUUAACCGAGCAUAUCGUAUAUCCACAUUUCCAUUAAAUGAUUUGUAUAAACCACAUGAUUCAAAUCGACUUGAUAUACAUAUAUCUCCUGAAGAUAAUGAGUAUGCGUUCACAAUGACUAACGAUCGCAGAUCAUAUUCCUCUGACAUACAGAAAGCCUACAGACAAACUUAUGAAUUAUAUGAAAAAUACUCACACUUAGAAUAUCCUAACAAAGUAAUUGUGAAGAAUGACUUUA